GUGAACAUGGUUAUUGGCAUUCUGGUUUUUAACAAACUUGUAUCCAAAGAUGGAAUAACAGAUAAGAAACUGAAGGAACGGGCAGGGGCAUCCCUUUGGAGCUCCUGUGUGGUCCUACCUCUCCUGGCUCUCACCUGGAUGUCUGCAGUUCUGGCCAUCACAGACAGGCGUUCAGCACUCUUCCAGAUCCUCUUUGCUGUCUUUGACUCCUUGGAGGGUUUCGUCAUCGUUAUGGUCCAUUGCAUCCUACGGCGAGAGGUCCAGGAUGCUGUGAAGUGCCGAGUUGUGGAUCGCCAGGAAGAAGGCAAUGGAGACUCAGGGGGGUCAUUCCAGAAUGGACAUGCUCAGCUAAUGACCGAUUUUGAGAAGGAUGUGGAUAUGGCUUGUAGAUCAGGUGAGCACAUCACAGUGUUGAAUAAAGACAUCACCACCUGCAGAACCUCCACCAUCACAGGAACUCUGAAGCGUCCAUCACUGCCAGAUGAGGAGAAACUGAAACUCAACCACCAGAAAGGGUCAUCCAACUUUAACAGUCUUCCAGCCAAUGUCUCCAAGAUGCAUCUUCAGGGCUCCCCACACUACCUGGGGGCCAUCAACCUGAAUGAUUUCAGCAAUCACUCCCUCACUCUGAAGAAGGACAAGAAUCAACCACCCAAAUCCAUCUACAUCUGUGACGGGGACAUCUUCAAGAAGUUGGACUCAGAGCUCUCCCGGGCACAGGAACAAACCCUGGACACCAGCUACGUCAUCCUGCCAACCAACACGUCCACCCUACGGGCCAAAGCGCCCAAAGACGAGGGCAAAUACAGCAUCAAUAUUGACCAGAUGCCUCAGACACGGCUCAUCCACCUCAGUAUGGCUACUGACCCAGGCUUUGUGGUCAAGAGUCCUCCCCGGGAGCCUGUGGCCAUGGCAUGCAGUGAGGUUCAGGGUUCUGCCAUGAUCCAGCAGCAGCAGCAGUUGGCUCCACAAAACAUCUCCAAUGAGUCACAGAUUCCCAACAGCCUGUGUGACACAGCUGACUCAGGGAACUCAGGUGUGGUGUCCAAGAGUGAGACAGUCUCCACUCUCUCCAUGAGCUCCUUGGAGAGGCGAAAAUCCCGGUAUGCAGAGCUAGAUUUUGAGAAAAUCAUGCACACAAGGAAACGUCACCAAGACAUGUUCCAAGACCUGAACAGAAAGCUCCAGCACGCAGAGAAGGAGAAGGAGUCUCCAACAACGGACAGCAAGCAAGAAAAACAGCAGACACCAAACAAGAGACCCUGGGAAGGCAUCAGGAAAGUCCAGUCCCCACCAGCAUGGGUUAAAAAGGACAUGGAACCUGUGGCACAAUCUCCCCUAGAACUAAAAACUGUAGAGUGGGAGAAAACUGGGGCCACCAUCCCCUUGGUGGGACAAGACAUUAUUGACCUUCAGACAGAGGUCUGAGCAGAAA